GGUCCAAAUAAAAUGCGCUGCUUAACCCACUCAGAAGAACAAAUAUAUAUGCAUCUUUAUUGAUCGAUUUUUAAAAAACUACUUAAAAAUUCGAAUAAUAAAUUACGAUUUAAAAAACAUUAUUACAUUAAAGUUCAAUUCUCAGUUUAGUUUGGCGACUUGCCUGUCAUUACACAAUAUUAUUGACGACAGAAAUUGUAUGAACUUUGCUUUAACACUCAAAUUGCAUUCGAAUCCUUGUUUAUAGUUGUGUGUAAACAGUGAUAGAAAGUUGUAAAUAGUUGGGGCAGUUUCUCAAACGACCUACACACGACUCACAGCAUGGCACUGUGCAGUACAUUAAUUGAAAUUCAAAAUUAAAAUACGUGAAAGAAUGAAACGGUUUUGAAAUUUGUAGAAAAAGACAACUUAUUAUGAACUAAGCGAGGAAGUACCCAUCCGCGGACGUAAACAUAGAUUGAUGUUUGCAUAUAUUCAUGUGUAAAUAUAUAUAAAACGUUUCUAACAAACACGAGGCACGUCGAAAUCUGCGCCUGCCUGUGAAUUCGGCCCCCUGUGUCGCGUCGGUUCCCGAAUAAUCCCCACAGCCGGAUAGUCCAGUUCCAGAUAAAGACCCAGUUCCCCGACCCAACCAUCAACCAACCAUGUCCAUCGCCGAUAAACGCGCCAGCUUCGCGAGACGCGCCGAAAGUCUGGUGGAGCGGGUGAGAGUUAUGAAUACCAUUUACGAGAAGUACAAUAUCAGCACGGAGAAGUGCGGGGAUCUCACUGUCGUGGUGCAGGGCGACCUCUCGCAGCAGGAGAAGCGGGCCGUCUUCAUCACGGUCCACGACCUGGGCUGCAACCACAACUCCUUCCAGGAGUUCGUGAGCAGCCCCUGCAUGACGGAGAUCAAGGAGCGCUCCUGCUUCAUCCACGUGGACGUUCCGGGGCACGCGGACAACGCCGACGCCCUGGCCGACGGCUUCCCCUUCCCCUCGCUGCAGGCCCUCGGCGAGGACCUGGUCACCGUGCUGGACUACCUGCACGUCAAGUACGUGAUUGGCCUGGGCGAGGGCGCCGGAGCCAACGUCCUGGCCCGCUUCGGCCUGGCCCAUCCCAGCCGGGCCCUCGGACUCAUCCUGAUCAACGCCACCGGCAGCGCCGCCAGCGUGGUGCAGUCCUUCAAGAACAAGUUCAUCAGCUGGAAAAGCGACGAGGUGGCCCAGUCGGCCGAGAGCUUCCUGAUGUACCACAAGUUCGGACAUGUUAUGGAGCAAAUCGUGGGCGAGAACCCGGACAAGGACAAAAUCGUCGCCGAGUACCAGAAGCGUCUGCACCGAUCCCUCAACAGCAAGAAUAUCGGCCUCUAUGUCAAAGCAUUUAUGAAUCGCAAGGACCUCACGCUCAAAGGUUGCAAGGUGGACGUCAUCCUCAUUACGGGAAUGCUGAGUCCCUAUGCUUCAAUGGUCGAGAAACUCCAUCGCGAUGUGGAGAAGGAACGGGUUACCAUACUAAAGAUCGAGCGGGCUGGCGAUGUCCUGGCCGAUGCUCCCGGAAAGGUGGCCCAGUCCAUCCUGCUGUUCUGCAAGGGGCAGGGCCUGCUGACGUCGGUGGUGAUGCCAGGAGUGGACCGCGGGCGCGCCUUCUCCACCGCCAGCUCUGGUUCCUUCGAGGGAGCCAACGGAUCGAGGCGGCUGUCCCGCGGCAUCUCGAUGGAGGACUACGACAAGCCCAACAUCCGCCGACUGAGCAUCAUGAACAAACCAGCCAAGCAGUCUUUCACAUUCAAUCGCGUCUACAUGGACGCCCCCCCGCCUACAAAGCCUCCGAGGGGAGUGAAGUACGGCAAGGAUGAGUCUGCAGGAUGUGGCUUUCUGGUCAAUGUCAUCAAGUCUUUGGGGUUCAGCGAGACCACCGAGGAACGCCAGAAGGAGAAACAAAAGAUCGAGCAGGAGUUCAAGCGCUCUGAUCUGCGACUGAACGAGCUGGUGUCGCGCCACGACCAGCAGCUCACCCAGGUGCUGCCCCUCUUUAGCCAGGUGUCCUCCGAGGUCACUGCCAGCCGUGAGCGAAUCCAUGCCGUCAAGGAAAACCUCGGCGUCUGCAAGAGAUUGCUCCAGUGCCGGCGCGAUGAACUUAGGAAGAUGUGGACGGAUGCAGUGCAGCACAAAUACGUGCUGGAGAUGCUGGAACAAAUUCAGGAGCUGCGGAAAGUGCCUCAGCGGGUAGUGGGCUACACAGCCAAGCGACAGUAUCUGCAUGCCAGCAAGGCCUUGACCGAUGCAUUGGCCACCCUUAAUGGACCACUGCAAGCCGUCGAAGGAUUGUCCGACCUGCGGACCGACCUUCAAACUCGGAGACAGCAGCUUUACCAACGGAUGCACGAGGAACUUGUCACCCAGGUGUACACAAACUCCGCCAACGAGGCUCUCUCCUCGUUCCAGCGCAGCAACUCCAGUCGACUAAACUCCAGUUUUACCCGGGGAAUCGGAGCCCGCCGCUCCACGGAUCGCAUUGAAGCCAAUGCUCGAGUGCGCAAAGCGCUCACCGAAAUGACCCAGAACUUCGAUUUGGAAAAGGCCGAAGUUAUUGAAGACGCAGAUCUCAUUUACCCUGAGCUGAGUAUGAGCUACUUCGUUGCCAUUAUUGUGGAGUCGUUUGGAAUGCUGCACAAGGUGCCUGACUCGCUGGAGACGCUGCGCGUCCAAAUCCAAACGGAGUUGCUCAACGUUGUGCGGCAUACGACGCACCAACUGUCUCUAAGUGGAGCCUCGGAGGAGCCCAAUCCUCUACUUACCCUCCUGGAGAUAAUAUUUAAGCAGUUUAAGGCCAUUGCCAAGACGCAUACCUUACUGCUGAAGAACUAUUUGUCGGUGGGACAGAAGUACUCGGUGGUUGGGCCCCAACCCUACGAUCUGACAGACUUUUGGGGCCAGGCUCAGUCAGUGUUGCAGCUGCUUCUCACCGACUACUUGGACAUACAGAAUGCUGCCUCGGAUGAAAGUGCCCAAACAGGUUUUUCGGAACCCACAAGCAACAUAAAUUCCUAUUUUUUAAGGCGCAAGGUGCCAAGCACCAAACGCUCAAUGUUCAAGUUUGACAAGUCGUCGCACGUUGGCAGCAGCAGCAAUAGCGACUCCUUCAAGGAGCACCGUCGCAAUGCCUCGGAUGCCUCCGUGGACGAUAAUCUGGGCGCUCAGCUCGGAGGCAGUGGAAAAGGCUCCACCAGCGGCGUCUUCCCCCAUGAGAAGAAGCAACGGGACAAGCUGCUGAUCUGCACGCCCGAUCAAAAUAUCAUUACCAAAGUGUAUCUACCUCUAAUGGGAUAUAUCAAGGAGAUAGAGAACUUUAUGAAGUGCAAGCCAGGGCAACCCUGCAGUCUACAUGACUUUUUAGACAACUAUAUUAAGAACACAUUCCUAUCCAAGGGCCACAACCGCAACUUGCAGCUGACUAUCGAGUCGCUGUCGAAAAAUCAAGAUGCGUGGCGCACUAUUAUAAGUCCUGAGGAAAUAAAGGCGCUUAACCUUAGCAGACCUUUACUGCAGUCCACUGUGAUGGUCGAACGGAGACUGACGGAGACUAAGAGCCUCAUCCAAGACCUGCCCUGCUACUCUGAAGACCUGCUUAAGAUGGUGUGUGCUCUGUUGAAGGCCUAUCGCGAUAACUGCCAGGCAGCCUACGACGGAAUCGUUCAGCCAGAUUCAGAGGACAAGAGGAUUUACAGUGUGGCCUGGCUAAAAGAUGCAGAUAUCAGUAGAUUCUUAAAAUCGCUUCCCAACUGGACGGACUUGAAGACCUCCAGCCAGAAGUCUCGGCAUAACAGGAAGCUUCAUCGCGGAAGCUUUGAGCCUUCGGAGGAGGAAAGUCCGAUACAAGUGCAGCAGCGCAACAUUCGAGAAGCCGAAAUGUUGACCAGUAACUUGGGCGAGGGUGGGAUCACCCAACAGGAGAUUCUGGUCGAAAUCAGUGUGCUUAAGGAGUUGGCCAUACUGCAGGAGAGCAUGGAGUGGUUCUCGUGUCGCGUCUCCGAGUUUGCCAACGACUUGCGUCGGCCGAUGGUAAACGGGCUAAGCGCUGUCUCCCCUGAGUGCAGUGCCGACAUCGCUGUCAAAGAUGGCACGAUCAAGGUAAUGACUAACCUGGCUUUGGGAUUCGAUGACCUGGCGAACACCUGUCUGCUGGUGCUGCACCUCGAGGUACGCGUGCAAUGCUUCCACUACCUACGCUCGAAGUCAAGUGUCAGGACCAACAGCUAUGUGGGCUCCAAGGAUGACAUUCUGGAGCCGGAUCGCCAAGUACAAGUACUGACUAAAAGGCUGUCUGAGAUGGAUGAAGCGUUCAGUGCCACUCUGCACCCGAGAAAGACUAGGUACAUUUUUGAAGGCCUGGCGCACUUGGCAUCGCGCAUUCUUAUUCAGGCAUCCAAUUAUCUGGAACACAUCGAUCAAAUAACUGUCCAGCGCAUGUGCAGAAACUCGAUCGCCCUUCAGCAGACGCUCAGUAACAUAACCGCCUCCAGGGAAGUGGCCUUGGAUCAGGCCAAACACUUCUAUGAAUUGCUUUGCAUGGAGCCGGAUGAAAUACUCAAUGUGUUGCUGGAGCGGGGCACUCAGUUCUCGGAGAUGCAGUUGCUCAACGCGCUGCAAUUGUCCUGCAAAUCCUUUGGCAUAACAGACUCCAAUCUCUUGGCCUCCUAUCAGCAAAAACUAUCGGACAUACUGGGCGCCAAGCCCUCCAAAGGUGUUGUUGUGUAAUUAUCGUUACCGCCAGCGGAGAAACCAAUUUUAAUAUCCAUACGUUUGUGUACAUCGGCAUUAGGUGUAAGUGCAAAAUGUGUGUUAGUGUUAAGCUCAAAAUGAUUAUGAAUGUUCUGAACAUGUUUGGGAAGCACUUGGUGUUGCGAUGCAGUCGUUUAUACAGAUACAUAUUAUAAAGUUCAUUAACAGUACUUUAAUGGCUUCUACACAAUAAAUGAGAAUUUAACAACGA